AUGUUUAGAACACAUUCAUUAGUUUGCUGCACAGCAAGUGCUUUAACAGCCAUUGUUGGUGUUGCUCUUUUAAUCGCUGGGUCCGUUUAUAUUCGGGACACAAGUUCUCUUCGAAGUUCAUGGCAUGAGAUAUAUUCAUUAUCAAUAUAUAGUGUUGUUAUUGGUAUAUUGGCUUUGUUAUUUGCAAUAUGUCUUUUUUAUGUUGUUAGUCGUAAACUUCCGGCAUUAACAAUACUCUUCUCUGUUUUAAUUCUUAUUGUUUUCGUCCUUGCUAUAAUAAAUCUUAUUGUUUUUGCAGUGUGUAUCGGCGAUCUUCAAGAUGAUUCUUACAAAAAGACUGUAGAUCUUUUUCGUAAUUAUUCAAAUUCGGAUUCGGUUGUAAGUUCAAAAGUAUUUUUCGGACAAAUUCAACAAUCAUUUCAAUGUUGUGGUGUCAAAGAAGCAUUAGAUUGGAAAACACAAUUAUCUAAUGGAACAAAUACUCCUGAUACAUGUUGUCGUAUAGUGGUUCCGAAUUGUGGUGAUAAUGCACUCAUUACUAGAGAUAAAAUAUAUUCACGUGGUUGUGCUGAACCAGUUUAUUUUUUUCUACGCAAAAAAUUUUCUGCUCUUCUCAUCAUCGAUACUAUUCUUACAAUAUUAUUAUUCAUUAGUGCUGUAUCUGGAUUUAUUUGUGAACAAUAUAUUCGAGAACAAUAUCAAGUAAUGUGA